GGCGACGAAAGAAAGAAAUAUUGUAAGACGAUUACUUGUUCGAGAGAAAACGGGAUGUUGGAAAAUGCACAAGAAGCAACCGAACCCUGUAUUAUUUGAAAAAAUACCGGGUCGUAUGUGUUAUCAAUUAAAAAGGCUUGUUUCCCACACAGUUUUGGAGAAUGGGCAUGUUUUUCUUGGGUUUUCAAAGUGUGGAAAAUUCGUCGUUUCCUACUCCCUUCAAGUUGGUGGUGAGCAGACGAAUGAUCAUGUGCUGCCAAUUUAUGACUAUAGACUUCAGUGGUGGCUUUUUGUUCCAAAUAAGCCAUUGCAACUGGUGUCGGAGGUUAAACUAUUUGGUGGUGAUGACAUAUUUAAAGAAUUGUUUUUAGCAUUUUGUGAAUGGCCAGAAGAUGAUCAGAAAGUAUUUGUAUAUGGUCAGAGUAUACCAUCACCGGGAGAAGACUCUUGUUUCUGUUAUGUUACCAUUACUUCUAUACCUUGCUUAGGCAGAUGCUCUGAUUGUCAGAAUGAGCAAAGUAAGCCUGCAGCAAAUGACAGUGGACAAUCAAAAGUUGAAAGAAAGUGCCUAUUACAUGAUUUUUGUGUUUACAGUAAAUAUGAUAUGAACCCACCCUAUCCCGCCUUCUCACCAAAUGUGCAACUUAAACUAAAUGGAACUGUCAUAUUAAAUACAGGCAUUUCUCUAAAAGCAAAAGAAUACAGAAUGUGUGAUAACUGUAACCAAAUUUCAUGUGACUGUGUAUGCCCUAAAGUAGUUAGACAACCAUUACAAGACAAAAAUGGUGGAGGAAUGAGUGUAAGGACUUCAGAGCAAUCAAACAACUUCUCUGUUUCUUCUCCGAGAGCUAGUGCAUCAGGAAAGUAUUUACAUGAAAAUAUAGAGACAUCAAAUGAGUACAGUACUUCAUUAUUAUCAGAGAAACCUCCUGUCAGUAAUUAUGUUUUCUCAUCACCAAGUCCCAGAAUUUGUUCCGAAAGAUCAUUCUUUUCUCCAAGUAACAGUAAUAGUAGUGUGACUUCAAAAAGUUCAGAAGGCGUUCAUGUUCAUACUAAUUUAGCUAAGACUGUUACUUAUUCUUCAAGAUGUUAUAGUAUACAACAAGAGGAAAUUACUGAUUCACAGGUCUCAAUGGAAGAUGAAUAUGACUUGGCUUACAGAAGUAUUCUACCAGUAGAUGUCAGUGCUGGGGGAAAGACUUUAUCAGUUGCGAAAAAUGUUAGCGCUGCAUCAGACAUUAUAUCUGUUUUGCAAAUGACUUUUGAUAUAGAGCCAUAUAUGAUGGAAACCAUUCAUCUUCGAGCUGAAUGGGGUCGACGUUUUGUGUCUUUCUACAACUAUGACUUACAAAUUUUAGAUGUUGAACAAGAUGGCCAGAUUAUUGGAACUGUUUGUGCAUUAAUCCAAGCAAAGGAAUCAAAUGAAAAAUCUAAAAGAUAUAGCAAAGUUCCCAUUAAAAUGUAUCGAACUCAAAUUACAUUUAGGUUUAAUCUUUGUAAAGGAAUUUAUUCCACAUUAAACAUUGAUGAUUUGUCAGAAGUACAAGAGAGAAAUCCGUGUGAUUUUGAAUGGAAAUCUGGUAAUAAAGAAUGCAACCUCAUAAGGAGGAAAGCUAUCAUUCCCAAGUCAUUUUUUAGAAGUGUACACAUGUUGUCCAAUGAAUGUCUUUUUAAGGGAAGAUCCAAGAAAAUUUUGAUGGCAUCUCAUCACAGUCAUUCCUCAGCAAUUAUACUUUAAGUUAGAGUAUUAAUUAUAAAUCAUAAUUCACAUCGAAUUAAUGUUAAUGCAGUUUAUAUUUUGUUUGUUUUAUUGUUGAAUUUUUUUCUAUAAAAAAAAAAGAAUUCAGCACCUCCCAGUGCCUUGUGGAAAAUCCAGGAUAUAGUUGAAUUUCUCAUAUCAUAGUAUUGAAACAAUCCGCAAGGAAGUGCCUAGUGCCUUCAUGUUUGUGGAAAUUCAAAAAUAAUUUGACUCAUUGUGUUUGUUUUGUUAUGUUAUUAAAAAAAAAGAGUUCAACAUU